AUUGGUUACAGAAUUUCCCACCAUGAAUGGGAGAACCCCAACCCCUUGGUCGAGGAUCCCAAAGUAUUAGAAAAUAAGUGGCGAACCCGUAACACCUGCUGGCUUAUGAUUGGUUCCAUUAUGCAGCAGGGUUGUGAUUUGCUGCCAAGAGGUGCCCCCAUGUGCAUGCUCACCGCCAUGUGGUGGUUCUUUGCCCUAAGGAUGUUGAGUACUUACACCGCCAAUUUGGCUGCCGUCCUGAGUAAUGAAAUUAAACCCUCCAUCGAGAGCCUGGAGGAUGAGAUCGAUCAACAUGAAAUUAAAUUUGGCACCCUGGAAGGUGGCAGCAUGUUCUUUUCCGAGUCGAAUCUGACGAAUUAUAAGAAGGCUUGAAAUCAAAUGAAAUCCUUCGAACCUUCGGCUUUCACGAAGUCCAAUAAAGAGGGUGUGGAACGGAUGAGGAAAGGUGAGGGCAAGUAUGGCUUCCUGAUAGAGACCACAAGUACCGAACGGGAUUGCCAUCUCCAACAAAUCGGAGAUCAAAUUGAUGAGAAACAUUAUGGACUGACUGUACAGUUGGGCGCCGAUUAUAUUACAAAUAUAAGUGUUUCGAUUUUGAAACUGAGCGAAACGAAUGAGCUGUAUAAGCUGAAAAAGAAAUGGUGGAAAAAUCACAAUGUCACCAAUGAUGAUGAUGAGACCGAUCCGCAGGUCAUCGAUGUUGAUGAGUUUUCUCUGAACGAAUUGGGUGGUGUUUUCUUGGUAUUGGUGGGUGGCAUUGUGUUGGCCAUUAUUAUAGGGAUCUUGGAGUUUUUGUGGAAUGUACAAAAGGUGGCGGUGAGGGAGAAGGUUACACCCGGUGAGGCCUUUAAAGCUGAGCUAAGUUUGAAUCACGAAGAAAUCGAAUCGAAUCGCAUCUCAUCGAUACGCACGAACAGUGGCUCCCAGGUUUCCAAACGAUCGAAAUGCUCUAAACGUUCGAGAUCCCGUUCACGAUCCCACAGUAAGAGUCGUUCGAAGAAAUAUUCAACUUCGGGGUGA